CCCCCUGCUAAGGGAGAUGGGGCUUCCCCAUCCAGGAGCAGUCUACCCGCAAAAACUGGGGAAGGGGCAAAAAGGAAAUCAGGGAAAGGCAAAGGAAAAUCCGGCUUGGCUUCUGAGUUUUCCAGAGGCCUGAGCUGGAUGUCAGGUUGAUAAUCCGGUUUAAAAAGUCUGUUUUUGUUUUUGUUUGUUUUAAUCUCUUAAAUUAGAGGGAGCUGUAUUGUCAAGGAGUCUCGAGUUCGAAUCCUCGUUCCCCCCACCAAAGCUAUGGAUCUAGAUCCAGAAAAGGCCAAACAGAUGAGCCCAAGGUAUCUCAAUCAGGAACUGACCAGGCCUCUGAUGACCAUGACAAUCAUCUUAACCUUUGGGUCCUCUUUCCAAUACGGUUACAAUCUCUGGGUGGUGAACCAUCCCGCAUCGCUGAUCCAAGAAGACUACAACAUCACUCUGAAGAUGAAGAAGAAGGAGAAUCAGAAUACUAUGAAUUUCCUCUUGACUUUGACCAAUGUGAUCUACUCUCUGGGAGGCGUCACUGGAUCUCUUAUGGUUUGCCCCAUGGCUGAUACCUGCGGCAGGAAGGGUACCCUAGUGAUAACAAACCUCUUAGCUUUCAUUUCCGCCAUCUUUUUGGGGUUUUCAACCAUCGUCCACACUUAUGACUACACCAUAUUUUCGCGCCUGCUCAGCGGGAUCUGCUCAGGGAUCCUCUCCUGUGCUGUACCGUUGUACCUUGCCGAAAUCGCUCCCCGAAAUUUAAGAGGGGGCAUCAUGACCAUGGCGAUGGUUGCCGUUGCUAGCGGGGUCCUGUUCUCGCAGAUCCUUGGCCUUCAUGAGCUCCUAGGUUCCCAUAAAAAAUGGGCCAUCUUGCUGAGUCUAACUGGGAUUCUUGCAGUGUUCCAGCUCUUCAUCCUGCCCAAGUUCCCCGAAAGUCCACGCUUCCUGUUGAUUCAGAGGAAGAACGAGGAGAAAGCAAGACAAGUCUUGAGGGUCCUACGAGCCAAGGAGGACGUUCAGGAAGAGAUCGAGGAACUUCAUCAAGAAGAUAUAGCUGAGAUGGAAGAAAAAGAACUGAGCGUGUUGAACCGGCUCAGAUACAAAGGUCUACGGAAGCAGAUCAUUUAUGUUAUCCUCCUGAUGGCCGGUCAACAAUUCACAGGGGUCAACGCUGUGUAUUAUUACACCGAGUAUAUCUACCGAACCAAGUGGCUGAACGGGUACAAAUCUCGGUACAUCAUCAUCGUGUGUUCCACGUUUGUCCUCCUGACCUUAUUAUUUGUGUCCUAUAGCGUCGACAGCUUGGGCCGAAGACUCUUAAUCCUGCUGGGGUUCGGCAUCUGUAGCACCUUCUGUGUCCUCUUGACUAUAUCUCAGGAACUUCAGAUGACCGUUUCUUGGCUGUCUUACGUCACAUAUAUUUUCCUGCUCAUCUUCCUCCUCGGACACGUAUUAGGUCCAGGUCCAUUACCAAAUGUCAUCAUAGCUGAACUGUUCCUUCAAUCCUCCAGGUCGACAGGAAUUAUGCUGGGGGGUUUUGUCCAUUGGCUUCUAAAUUUUAUAACUGGGGUUAUUGUCCUUCAGGUUGAGAAUAAGAUUGGAUCCUACAGCUUUCUCCUCUUCUGGCCUCUUUGCAUCGCUAGCUUCGUGUUUAUCUUCAGGAAUAUCCCUGAGACCAAACAGAAGAGUUUUCUGCAGAUCCGGAACCUUCUGGCUGCGCGGGCCAUCAAAAAAAUUAAAGUCCGGGGGUCUCAUCACCAGUCGAAUCCGUUCAAAGGGCUGCAUGGCGGGAGGCGUAAAAAACCCAGAGCCGUCACUUCCCACGUCCCAUCCGUGCCCUCAAUUUAAGGGAAGGGGCCGUUGAGAUUUUUCUACUCUCUUGUUUGUUAAUUUUUAAAAUAAAUGAGAUGUCUUUCUUGGGGAAAA